AUGGCAGACCCUCCUGUGGCAGCAGCAGUGGUAUCACAUUUUAACGACUGCCCAGAUUCCCACACUCACUUCUGCCUCCAUGGGACCUGCAGGUUUUUGGUGCAGGAAGACAAGCCAGCAUGUGUCUGCCAUUCUGGGUACGUCGGUGCACGCUGUGAGCACGCGGACCUCUUGGCCGUGGUGGCCGCCAGUCAGAAGAAACAAGCCAUCACCGCCUUGGUGGUGGUCUCCAUUGUGGCCCUGGCUGUCCUCAUCAUCACAUGUGUGCUGAUACACUGCUGCCAGGUCCGAAAACACUGUGAUUGGUGCCGUGCCCUCAUCUGCCGGCAUGAAAAACCCAGUGCCCUCCUGAAGGGAAGGACUGCUUGCUGCCAUUCAGAGACAGCUGAGUGCAGGUGUGCCGAGUUGCCUCCUGUCCAUCAUAGCUUCUGGGCUGUAUUUCUUCCCAAUGGGCCACCUCCCGGCAAGAGAAUCCUGCUGAACCCUGGAGGUGCUAUUGUUGCCACUGCCUUCUCUGAUCUGCUAAGUGGCAUAGUAAAGUAG